AUGGUAAAUGCUUUGGGUUUGUCGCACGCCCAAAGGGAUGGACACGCUACCGUGCAGUUUCCUGUUGAAGCAGUAUCCUCCCCGCCGUCUGCGCCCGGGGAGGCGGGCAGGCAAGAGCUUGUCCAGCAGGCCAUCGAUCUCGUGUACCGCAAUCCCACCGCUAGUCCGAGCUGGUUCGCAGCCCUGCUUCGUCAAUUGUCCGCGCAGCAUCCAGACCGUGCCAGCGUCGUGGCACUGCAGCACCAUAUGGAGAAGCGAGCUCGUAUCGAGCCCGUAGCUCGACUCUUACUCCAGUGCGCCAAUCACCCAAGCAGCCUUCGACCUGAACAAAUCAGUGCAUUGUCUACAUUUUUGGCUCAAUGGCAACGCGACUCUAUGAUUGGUUCACCUGAGGGCACCGAGGGCAGACAUGCAUCUACUAAGAAUGUGCCCCAGCAGCCCGCUGACGCUGUGCACAGCGCCUCCAAGCAGCCAUUCGACUCUUCCGACGCAUCGUUUGCAGCCCUUAGUGAAGGCAUUGCUCGGGCACACACCUCAACUGAGCCAGACUUGUGCAUUAUGACCCAAGACCAGCUGCCGUGCAAGCGUCAUCGUCGAAUGGCCGAGGCCAGCUCGACCGCAGCCUCCUCCAGCACUCUUGAAGAGCUGCCACCCACCUCGGGGUCCCAGUCGGUUUUGCAGCUGACUGAAGCACUGGGACUUGAACCGGAGAACCUGUUUGCUCGUCUCAAUCAGCAACAACAACUGGAGCUACCCUCUGCCUCUUUGCAACACCUCGAGUAUCUGCAGCAGGGCACCAGGCGGGAGUUGGUGGCGCCAGGCCUGCCUCGCUCUUUUAGUACUGCCAAUCUACCACCUACUGCAAGUGCAGCCACAAGUCAGGCGCAGCCCAUGAACAUUGCCGCCAUGCUUCUCUCCGCAGGGGGCAGAAUGGGCCCGUUGCAGGCCAAUGCAUCCUGGGCGAUCAUGACGGAUGUGAUUAGCAAGGCCAUCGUGUACGGCAACUCGGCCCGAGUACUGCCUGAGCGCGAUGCUCAAAACAACACGCAUGAAUGGACCGUUUUUCUGCGCAGUCCCACCGGCGAGCCUUUGGAAAAGUUUAUCCGCAAGGUCACAUUUGCUCUUCACAGCAGCUUUAAAAACGCCAAUCGUGUGGUGGAUAAACCGCCUUAUGAGGUGAAGGAACGAGGUUGGGGCGAGUUCGAGAUUACCAUUAAAAUUACCUUUGCCAACAACCACUACAAAACCCUGCAUCUCAAGCAUAUGCUCAAGCUGUUUCCCAACGAACAUGUGGUCAAAACUGAGGAUGGCUUUACGAUUGAGACAUAUGACGAACUGGUCUUUCCCGUGCCAGCUUCUGGUGCCUGGGAUACCUCCUCGGUGCUUCCCCCGCAGCAGCAGCCCGGUUGUGCCGUCAACUAUUAUGAGUUGGAAAAGGAUGCGCUCCAAAAGCUGGAUGAAGCCUCCUCUCGUAUUCAGCAGUCACUGCACUUUGUCCGACAGCGCCUGGGCGAGGCCGAACACAAGACCAAGGAUCUGCAACAGCACAUCGAAUCAAUGGAGAAGGGUGUUCUUCCCGAUUCGUACAAGCAGUUGCUACGUCAACAACAAGAGCAGCUUCGACAGAAGAAAGGAUCGGCGGCAUCUCUGGCGGGUUCGAAUGCCGCGUCCACCAAAUAG